AUUAAAUUCAAAAUUCAAACGAUCUGUUGAUCAAAAUGAUGACUCGGAUCACGAAGAAAGUGAUGGCAAUACAGACAGUGAAUGUCCGCCACAAGGAAUUCAAUGUUUAAAGUGUUAUAAAGAAUUUACUGAUGACUUAAAGAAAAAUAUGUGUCAAUUUGAUUUGGUGGCUGAAGUAGAACUAAGUGGUAGUGAAAAAUGUGGUCAAAUUGUUAUACAAAAGAAGAUUAAAGAUCCGGAUAAUGUAAUCGAUUCAAAGAAGUUUUCAAUGGCUAAGAAUUGUGAUUGUGAAGACCAGUUCAACACAACCGUCACUUUAAUGACUUCUUUCAAUACAUUUGAUUUCUUUAGUGAAGGCAUAUCUUUAGACUCGAAAACAGUCAUUGUUAAGGGUGUCAGUCCUAUAGAAGAUUGUCUUCAAUUAACAACAACUACAGAGUCUUCAGAGUCAUCGACGGAGUUGUCUUCAAUCACGACCACUACUACUACUUCUGACGAAGAAUCCGCCCAAACGACAGAACAAACAAUUAAUUCAGAGACAACUGAAUUGAUUGAAAACACGGAUCAGACAUUGAAUACAGACGUUAUAGAUCUGACACAUGAAACACAAUUGACAACAACCACAUCAACACCAACGACAACCACUGAAUGGAUUCCUUUGAGAAAUGACAGCGAAAAUGAAGUGCAAGUGAGUCCUGAAGAAGACGAGAACAUUGAAAAUGGUUUGAUAGGAAGACGUGGAAUCGGAAAUGGAGAUAUGCCAAACACCAAUCAGAUGCCAGUGUAUAUACCAAAUUCCGGUGCAUUUGGACAGCCCUAUCCACAAUAUACUUUGUCAGUUAUAUUGGCUAUAUAUCCAUUCAGAGACCCAAUGGAGGCUAUCCGACCCCUCCAUUGCAUUCAAGUCAACGAUAUAACGCACCGCAACAAUUUGAACAAAUUGCUGACACUUAUAACCUAA